AUGGCGUCUGGCAGCGUGCAGGGGCUGACGGUGUGGGUGAAGCUGCGGCAGCCGCAGAACAACGACGUCGUCUAUGGAGUCGUGCAGGACCUCGUCGCGGGCUCGCAUCUGGCCCUGAGAGAUGUCUUCUUCCCGGGCUCCAACACGCGGUGGGAGCACUGGACGGUGCAGGCCACGGCCAUCGAGGACAUCCAAGUCGUCGACACCAACGACCCCAACUCCCUCCCCACGCCGACUCCUCCCCCUUCACACGCGCCUACACCACCGACAUCCCUCCCUCUCCGAGCGACCUCCAACGGCUAUGCUCCCCCUCACGCGCAUCCACCUCCGCCCUCUCAAGCCCUCCCCGCCGCCGUGUCUCGAGUCGCCAGCGAGCAUUCAGCUGUCCGGCACGCUUCGGCUCCCAUAGAGCUGCCUACCCAAACUCCCACGCCACAGCGCGAACCCGCCAGCUUCAUCGAUCCUGCCAUUCUCAGCUACGAGGGCACAGCGUCCCCCGUGCACAACCGGACCGCCUCGAAGCCCGCCGAAAUGGACACUCCUAUCAAGUCAAUGCUGGCGAAAGCUGCUGCCAACUUACCAAGUCCAGGCUCGCCGUUCAUCGGAGAUGUUACUAAGAACAACGUCACGCAGAAAAUGGCUGUCGCCAAACAGCAACCUCCACCUCGAGCACCAGUAUUUACGGCACCGAAGCCAGCUGAGAAUGCGGUUCAAGAGGAUACUCCAGACGGUGCUCAGAACGAAGCAGGAUCGAAGAAGAAGGUCAGGCGAGGUCAGAAGACUAAGAAGCAGGCGACACUGUCGGCAGAAAACGCAGAUCCUCCUCCAGUCAUGAACUCGGAGGUGUCGAGGAAUGGCAAUGACAUGAAUGGAUCCGUGAAGAGAGGCAAAGGUUGGCGUAGCACUCCGCUCUUGCAGCCUACUCCACAGGCUGCCACUCCUCAAGACAAGCAUGGCCGGAACAAGAGCAGGCGGAAACAGAAGGAAGAGAUCGAUCAGAUGGGUGACACCACCGACAUCCAGGAGAUGGGAGACUUUGACUUUGAAGGCGAGCUGAAGAAGUUUGACAAGAAGCAAGUCUUUGACGAGAUCAGGCAAGGAGAUACGACCGCCGAUGAAGAUCGCCUCGUCAGUCACAACAAGGCCGCUCGACCUGGCACGUACGGGGGUAAGAACCUGCAUCCCACGGAGCCUGUCUUGUCGCCCAAGAUCCAGCCAGUCUACAACAGCAACGAGUUGGACAGCUCAAGCGACGCCGACACGGAGUUGAACAUGGCCAACGGACGAUCAUCCUCCAAGCACUCAGUCUCUCGGACCGUCUAUCCAAAGACGAAGCCAAGCAGACAGAACAGCAGCCAGGUGGACCCCAAGCCACAUCCUCUUUCGGCAUCAAUCUCCUCUGAGACGAAAAACCUCAAUCCAUCUACAACAUCACUCGUUAACAGAGCAAAAGCUGCAUCAUUGGCAGCAUCGUCACCACGGCCAGACCGCGCCAGCUCGCCACAGUCUGGAGUCUCCAACUCGAGAGGAGCGGACCACGCAAAUGACACAUCGACAAUACUCGAACCACAUCUUGCUAUCCAUCCUCUUCUGACGCCCUGCCCUACGUUGCUGCCCAAAGCGCUGGAAAGUCUCGAAGCAGCGGCAGUCUCAGCAUUCGGUGUGAGUUACGACGCCAUCACUGAAAGCGCAGCUCGAUGCAUCGCUGAGGCUGCUCUGCAACUAUCCGAAACUCAUGGCGGAGCUCGACGUCCAUCAAGGACCAACACUCUCCGAGGAAGUAUGUCAGCAAGCAUGACUCUCAACAGCCCGAGCGAACCCGCCACCAUCGUCGUACUUGCAGGAAAUCACGAGACUGGCGCAAGAGCUCUCGCUGCAGCACGCCAGCUUCUGGGCAGAGGAGUCAAGAUCAUCGCCGCAGAAAGCCUGUACGAGAACGCCGAGACACAAGAUCCUCUUGCGAAGAUCCAAUCUGCCAUUCUUCGAAGAAUGAACCGCGGCGGUGCUAAGAUCAAGCGUGGUCUCUGGCGCAAAGCCUCCUCCCACAUUAAGAAUCUUUCUGGUCCUCCCGCUGUCAUCAUCGACGCCCUCCUCGCAGGCUCUACGUACGACUCCCUCCUCACCUCAAACGCCUCCCACAAUGCCUCAGUCCAGCAAGAAACCCGCGAGAUGAUCGACUGGGCAAAUCGCAGCCGUGCCCCUGUCCUCUCCGUCGGCUGUCCCUCGGGCGUGUCAGGCGUUGAUGGAUCGUCCACCAUCGUCGAAGCCGAGCCCCUCGCCGUCCGCCCUGAAAAGGUCCUCUCCCUUGGCGCGCCGAUGCAAGGUCUCCUGAAAGCGAUGGAGAACGGCGAAAAGCUCGACAUCUCCCUCGCCGACAUUGGGAUCAACUUAGCACUGAAGAGCGACGAGGCAGUGGCGUUUGGAGGGCCCUGGGUGGUGGAUUUGAAGUAUGUGGAGGAUGGGGAUGCGUCGACGGUUGUUUAG